AUUUUCCACGGAGUGUGUUAUUUGGACUUGACUUUGAGUCAUUGUGACCCCGUCGAGCCCGCUGCCUGGCCGCUGCCCCGAAGUGCUGCUGCUGUGCGGCAAGGGAGCAAGGGAGGGGUAGAAGAAGAGGAAGGAGACGCUGCUGUGCUGCCGUCGCCAGUUCGAGGCCGGCGAAGGGAAAAAGAUAAGCAAGGAAGAAGAACAAGGGGAGAAGAAGAAGCAAAUGAAGGAAGAAAAAGAAAGGGGAUUUCGUGGAGUUCAUCAGAAUUCCGCUAUCUUCUGUGCGAGGUUGUCAUACAUGGUAGCGAUUACUCCAUAGUCCGGACUGUGGUGCUCUCCGAAUAAUUCAUUCAUUGGAACAGCGGGCUGAGUUGGUGUGUCAUCUAGGAUCUAACCUGCGGGCUGCAAAGCUUCUUCUUGAUCAUAAGUACAAAAACAUGACCAUGCAACACUUCAACAUGUUGAUGGUCAUCCUUUUACUGCUUGGCUUCCCUUUCCACCCUAUCGUUGCCCAGCUUUCCACUGCAGCUCCCCCAAACUUAUGGGAAGUUUCAAAUAUGUACAACGGAGCCUAUGGUAUCCUUCCUGUUCUCCAAAAUAGCAGCAGCUCAUAUAUAACUUCUUUUGGCUUCUACACCAUCGACGGACAUUCAUUUACUUUAUCUGUUGUGUUUUCGGCACUAGUGUCUCAGGGAGCCGAAACUCCAGUCAUCUGGUCCGCCAACCCUGACAAUCCUGUAAGCCAGGACGCCAUCUUGAACUUCACCAGAGAAGGGCAUUUGCUCCUACAUGACGGUGAUGGCACAGUGAUAUGGUCCACAGCCACAAAGAGCAAGUCGGUUGCAGGCAUGGGCCUCGAUGUUUCAGGAAACCUUGUGCUUUUCGAUCAGAAUAACUCCCCUGUCUGGCAGUCGUUUGAUCACCCAACAGAUACUUUGGUCUUGGGGCAAUCACUUUGUAGGGGAAAGAGCCUUAGAGCAAAACCCUCAAGCACAAAAUGGCCUGGUGCAAGGGUUUAUUUUUCUGCAGAGCUGGAUGGGCUACAGUACUCUUUCAAACCAGCAGCCUAUACACAGUUGUUCCAAGCAAGUCCAACAUCAACUUAUAUAUCAACUUGUUAUGCAUUUGCCAAUGGCAGCUUUGGGUUCCCAGAUACAAUCUUCUCACUACCAUCAGCAAGAUCGCAGCUUUGGGUUCCCAGAUUCAUGAGGUUAGAGUCCGACGGGCAUUUGAGGCUUUAUGAAAUGGGUCAGAUGGAACUACUUAUGGUGCUUGAUGUAUUAAGCAUAGCCAUGAACUUUUGUGAUUACCCAUUGGCCUGCGGUGAUUACGGUGUUUGCAGUAAUGCACAAUGUUCUUGUCCUAGUUUGAGCUAUUUUAGGUUCCAAAAUGAGCGGCAUCCAGGUGAUGGUUGCAUACCAUUAAGAAGCAUCUCCUGUCACCAUGCGCACAACCACCGGUUGAUACCACUCGACAAUGUUUCGUACUUCAGUCACAGCACAUUCGUGUCAUUAGCAACUCCAGGUUCAGAAAAUGUCUGCAAGCAAUCUUGCUUAAUAGAUUGCUCUUGCAAAGCGGUGCUUUAUCAGAGUUACGGUCCCGGUAGCGAUUCUGGUUACUGCAUGCUCUUAUCAGAGCAGAACCUAAUUUUGUUUUCAGGAAAUAUCUCAAAUCCCAUUCCGGCAUUUAUCAAGAUACAAGAUAAACGCUCAGAACAAAGGAGGAUCAUUAUUGCUGUUGGCUCUACAAUUGCUGGUUUUUCUCUAACAUCAAUCUUAGUUUGUGCUGUCGUAUGGAAAAAGUGCAAGAAGGACGAGGAACAACUCUUUGAUGGCAUACCUGGGAUACCAAAGCGUUUCCCCUAUGGUCAGUUGAAGGUCGCUACCAGCGACUUCUCUGUGAAACUUGGAGGUGGUGGUUUUGGGUCAGUGUUCAAAGGCAAGAUAGGCAAGGAAACCAUUGCUGUCAAACGCUUGGAGGGUGUCGAGCAAGGAAUGGAAGAGUUCUUAGCAGAGGUCAUGACGAUUGGCAGAACCCAUCACUUCAACCUCGUCAGGUUGGUAGGAUUUUGUGCUGAGAAAUCACAUAGGCUCCUCGUCUACGAGUACUUGUCGAAUGGCUCACUGGAUAAAUGGAUCUUUCACACGAGUCCAGUUUUCACUCUUUCUUGGAAAACUAGACGUAACAUCAUCAUUGCGAUUGCUAGGAGUUUGUCUUACCUCCAUGAAGAAUGCAAGGAAAAGAUUGCCCAUCUAGACAUCAAGCCACAGAACAUUCUCCUGGAUGACAAAUUCAAUGCAAAGCUCUCAGAUUUUGGACUCUCAAAAAUGAUAAACAGGGACCAGAGCAAAGUAAUGACUCGAAUGCGAGGAACCCGUGGGUAUCUAGCACCCGAAUGGCUGGGCUCAAAAAUCACUGAGAAAGCAGAUAUCUACAGCUUUGGGAUCGUGAUGAUGGAAAUCAUCUGUGGUCGAGAAAAUUUGGAUGAAUCGCAGCCCGAGGAAAGCAUCCACUUGAUAAGCCUGCUUCAAGAAAAGGCAAGAUCUGGCCAGCUGUUUGAUUUGGUGGAUAGUGGCAGCAAUGACAUGAAGUUGCACAUGGAGGAGGUUAUGGAAACGAUGAAGCUUGCAAUGUGGAGCUUGCAGGUUGAUAGCAGCAGAAGGCCCUUGAUGUCAACAGUCGUCAAGGUGUUGGAAGGUGUGAUGAGCUUAGAGGCCACACCUGACUGCACUUUUGUCGCUAGUUUUGCGUCAAGCAAUACUGAUGUGGUGGGCUCAGGUUCUUCAUAUGUGCCUUCUGAGUCACAUUUAUCAGCGCCUAGGUGAUACAAACAUUGUUAAGAUUUGCUCUGGCUGGUCACUUUUAUUUUAAGGCAUAUCUUAAGCCAGCAUCUGAAGAAAUUAAGAAAAGAUAACCUAUUCUUUGCCACAAGAACAGGUAAGAUUGAUUGAUGCAUCAUUUCCAUGCUUUCCGAAGGGAACUGCGCUUUGACCUGUAUAAUGUGUACCCCUGUUGUAAUCACGUACGUUUGACAAUAAGGACUGGCUAUUUCGUAUCUCUCAGCCCGGCCUGUCUGGAACAAACUGUUUAUUUGACAGAAGUUUCAUGUUUUUCUUUCC